CCCUCCCCCCCUAUAUAUAUAUAGUUUUUGGGCACGUAUCCACUCUCAAGGCCUGUCGGUUUACCUAGGCUCCAUCCAAUCCCAGCGCAUGAACAUUGCGUGGUACCGUUGCUGGCCUCUGCAAUUUCAUUUCCCCUUCGCCCAGGAACUUCUGUUUUUAUUUUUAUCCUUCUGCUUUGGACUAGGCGUUAUUUUUGGUGUCUGGGUGUCCCUGUCUGGAUUGCCCCUCUGAGGUUCAUCAAUCUCCUUUCACCUUUGCUUGUUCAAAAGCAAUCAAUUGUCUACACGUCCUCACAGGCUUCCCAUCUUCCACUCGUCAAGAUGGGUACGCCAGCAAACAACUACGGGAGCCACUCUCCCCAAGACAGUGAGAGCAGUUACUUCUCACACGCUUCUCCCACCCAUAAUCAACAGCCCUAUCAUACCGACGAGCACGAUGAACAGGAGCAAUCCCUGCUGCAGCGCAACCCGUCCAGUCACUACGGUGGCCCAUUCGAGGACCCUGCCAUGUCGACCGACUCUCUGCGUCGGUACACGCUGCACGACCCUGGCGCGACCGUCUUCGCCACCCCCCCUUACCAAGAAUCCGAGUCGAGCGACAUCUACGAUGCCCGAUCGACCACCGAGAAACCCGCUUCCCAGGCCGGCAGUCGCGCGGGCGCCCUCCGCCGUGCCGCAACGAGAAAGAUCAAUCUCGUGCAGGGAUCCGUCCUGAGUGUCGAUUAUCCCGUCCCUAGUGCCAUUCAGAACGCGAUUCAAUCUAAAUACCGUGAUGCGGAGGAGGCGUUUGCGGAGGAAUUCACACACAUGCGGUACACGGCGGCCACGUGUGACCCGGACGAGUUCACGUUGCGGAACGGUUACAACCUCCGGCCCGCGAUCUACAAUCGGCAUACCGAAUUGCUCAUCGCCAUCACAUACUAUAACGAAGACAAGGUCCUGACUGCGCGUACCCUCCACGGUGUGAUGCAGAAUAUCCGUGAUAUCGUCAACUUGAAGAAGUCCGAGUUCUGGAACAAGGGUGGACCGGCGUGGCAGAAGAUUGUUGUCUGCCUGGUUUUCGAUGGUAUCGAUCCGUGCGACAAGAACACGCUGGAUGUGUUGGCGACGAUCGGUAUUUAUCAGGACGGAGUGAUGAAGAAGGACGUUGACGGGCGGGAGACUGUGGCCCACGUGUUCGAAUACACCACUCAAUUGUCCGUCACCCCCACUCAACAAUUGAUCCGUCCCCAGGGUGAUGAGGCGACCAACCUGCCCCCCGUGCAGAUGAUCUUCUGCUUGAAACAAAAGAACAGCAAAAAGAUCAACUCCCACCGCUGGCUGUUCAACGCCUUCAGUCGAAUCCUGAACCCGGAAGUGGUAAUCUUGCUGGAUGCUGGUACCAAACCUGGCCCGAAAUCGCUGCUGUCGCUAUGGGAAGCCUUCUAUAACGAUAAGACCCUCGGUGGUUCUUGUGGUGAGAUCCACGCCAUGUUGGGUCAAGGAUGGCGCAAGGUCCUGAAUCCCUUGGUGGCUGCGCAGAACUUCGAGUACAAAAUCUCCAACAUCUUGGAUAAACCCCUUGAAAGUGCCUUUGGUUAUGUCAGUGUGUUGCCCGGUGCCUUCUCCGCAUACCGCUACCGUGCCAUUAUGGGCCGACCGUUGGAGCAGUACUUCCACGGAGAUCACACCUUGUCGAAACGGCUUGGUAAGAAGGGUAUUGACGGCAUGAAUAUCUUCAAGAAGAACAUGUUCUUGGCUGAGGAUCGUAUUCUUUGCUUCGAACUUGUGGCCAAGGCUGGUUUCAAGUGGCAUCUGAGUUACGUUAAAGCAUCCAAGGGUGAAACGGACGUUCCGGAAGGUGCCGCAGAGUUCAUCAGUCAGAGAAGACGCUGGCUGAACGGUUCCUUCGCUGCCGGUCUCUAUUCGCUCAUGCAUUUCGGUCGUAUUUAUCGCAGUGGUCACAGUAUCAUUCGUCUCUUCUUCUUGCACUUGCAGAUGAUCUACAACGUGAUUCAGCUCUUCAUGACUUGGUUCUCUCUCGCGUCCUACUGGUUGACUAGUUCCGUUAUCAUGGAUUUGGUCGGUACUCCUAGCUCCCACAACAACAACAAGGGAUGGCCUUGGGGAGACGAAGCAUCGCCGAUCAUCAACAACUUCAUCAAGUAUGGAUAUCUCUGGGUGCUUGCGCUGCAGUUCAUCUUGGCUCUGGGUAACCGGCCGAAAGGAACUGUCGUUCCCUACACCCUCUCGUUCAUGUACUUCUCGCUCGUCCAGAUCUAUGUCCUGGUGCUAUCAUUCUACCUGGUCGUGGGUGCCUUCAGCGAUGGGUUGUUCAAUCUCGACAUCAACGAAAGUCUCAGCGAUUUCUUAUCGUCAUUCUUCAGUUCGUCAGGUGGCGGUAUCGUCUUGAUUGCGCUUGUCUCGACCUACGGCAUCUACAUCAUUGCUAGUGUUCUUUACAUGGACCCCUGGCACAUUCUGACCAGUUCUUGGGCGUACUUCAUGGGGAUGACCACUGGUAUCAACAUUCUCAUGGUGUACGCCUUCUGCAACUGGCACGAUGUCUCCUGGGGUACCAAGGGUUCCGAUAAAGCCGAAGCAUUGCCAUCCGCGCAAACCAAGAAGGACGAUGACAGCAAGCAGAACUUCAUUGAGGAAAUUGACAAACCGCAAGCCGAUAUCGAUAGUCAAUUCGAAUCCACGGUCAAGCGCGCCUUAACACCGUGGGUGGAACCCGAGGAAGAAAGUGGCAAGAGUCUGGAUGACGCUUAUAAGAAUUUCCGUACUAUGCUGGUCUGCUUGUGGGUGUUCAGUAACUUGCUUGUCGCGCUCCUGAUCACUAGCACCGGUGUGGACAAGAUGUGUUUGACCAACACCUCCACCACCCGCACCUCGUGGUACUUCGAAGUCAUUCUCUGGAUCACUGCGGGUCUCUCCCUGUUCCGCUUCCUCGGAUCGCUUUACUUCCUCGGCCGCUCUGGUAUCCUCUGCUGCGUAUCCCGUCGCUGAGUUGCCUUGCGGUCUCUUAGGCCGUUGCUUCGUCGAUCGCCUGUCAUCAUGGAUGUCUGUGUCAUGUGGCGAAAGCGGAUGCAAUGUAUGAUUUUUACUAUGUCGUGUUCUCCAGCGCGUCGCCUUCCUCUGGGAUGUACAUUUUCUGGAACUUCAGUGUUGAUCAUUCUUCCUUUCUGUUCGAUUCUCCUGCAAUGACAAUAAUAGAGCGAUUUAUUUUUUUUUCGAGUGAGCAUGUGGACGUGGCUUCUUGUUGUAUCUAAUUAGACAGUACAAUUUAGAUCUUAUGACUCA